AUAUUCCAGAACACAGGUCUGAUGAACCAUAAGAAGAAGCUGGAGUCCGAUCUGAAUCUGCUGACAGAGGAAGUGGACGAGGCCAUGCAGGAGAGCCGCAGCGCCGAGGAGAAAGCCAAGAAGGCCAUCACUGAUGCGGCGCUGAUGGCGGAAGAGCUGAAGAAGGAGCAGGACAGCAGCAAUAUGAUUGAGAGAAUUAAGAGGAACAUGGUGUCCACUGUGAAAGAGCUGCAGGUCAAACUGGAGGAGACGGAGCAGAUGGCGCUGAAGGGAGGAAAGAAACAGCUUCAUAAACUGGAGACAAGAGUGAGGGAUCUGCAGACGGAGCUGCUGAUGGAGCAGAAGAAGAGCGAGGAGUAUCAGAAAGGAGUGCGUCGCUUCGAGAAGAAAGUCAAAGAGCUGACGUACCAGUCCGAGGAGGAUAGGAAGACUCUGCUGAGGAUGCAGGAGCUCAUCGAUAAGCUUCAGACCAAAGUCAAGAGCUACAAGAGACAAGCAGACAACGCUGAGGAGCAGGUGGGCUCCAGCACGAUGCGUUUCAGGAAGGUUCAAAACGAGCUGGACGACGCAGAGGAGAGAGCUGACAUGGCGGAGACGACCGUCAACAAACUGCGGAUCCGAACUCGAGAACAGAGCACCAAAGUGGCCAUGAUCAUCGAAUGAAGCUCUUCAAACUCCAUCAGUGUGUUUCCGGUGUUUGUGUGACGUUUGCUUGCUGUGUUUUAAUCUGUCUGAGCUGGAGAUGUCACUGGAUCUACUAUAAUGAAAUCACGUCAAUAUGUUUCUAUAUUUCUCCACAGUAAAGCAUUGUUAAAAUAGGUUAAAAUAGGAAGUGUAGAGGCUAGUGAGUAUGUAAAGGGAAGGCAUAAUUUGUAAGCUACGUUUGAAUUAUUACAUGAAGUUCUUCCCAGGUUGGGUAGACCUAUUAUGCAUUUAAAAUAAUAUUUAUAAAUAGAAAUCUACAUUUUUAAAUGAAAUAAUUGUGGUUAUUUAUAACCAAAUCAUGCCAAACUGGCUCCAAAUCAGCAUGUACUGUACACCCGGAAGAUACAAAUGAGAUGCCCAUUCACACACACCAAUAUACACACAGUGUACCAGUGGCCCGUCUAUUAGCUGCAAGGGGAAAAAAGAUGGCAAAAUAUUGAAAGAAAUAUACAAAACAAUGACAAAGUUAAUAUGGAUUUAAAGACUGAAGUAAAGGCAGGGAUAAACAGGGAAAAGGAAAGAAAAUGCUGGUUUGAGAAAUGGUUGAUAUGUUAACAGAAGGAGCUAUAUUUCAUGUUAAUACUAUAUAUAACCUAUUACUUUUUUCGAGUUCCCUUAUUCAUGUUUCUUUUAUUCUACAUUAUGAGUGAUUUUAUUGUGGUAGCUGAUAUGUGCAUGUUUUUAGGGGUGAGAAAGUUGAAGACAAAAUAUUGUUUAGAUAAUUGGACUGUAGAAUCAGUCAGUGACAGUGUAUUGUUUAUUUAUGGUACAAAAAGUACAUUAUAUCAAUCCAUUAAGUUAUAUAUUUAAAAUGUACAUUUAAUUCAAUGGACUGUAAUGUCAUAGUGCUGAACACACAGAUAAUGAUCCCCUACAACUCUACGCAGUGUUUAGCUUGUUGUGGUUUGACAUCAAAUAACUGUGUGAUUGAGUCCUUUUGGCUCUCACUAAUCUUACAGAUACACCUAUAAUCAGUUUUUUCCAAAAUCAACACACACAUCUUCAAUAGGAUAAUCACAUCGCUAUGUGUCUGAUGGCAGCUUUUUGCUAACAUGUUAGCCACAAGUACUUUAAAAGCUAAUGACUCUACAGAUCUGUCAGGUUUUCUGCCCCCUAGUGGCCAACAAUCAAUUUAAAUGUAAUUAUUAACCAGGUGCCAGUAUUCAGACUGUAUGUACUAAUGUUUAUUGUGUGGGUUUCACUGUAGUCUGUCUAUUUCUGAAUGAGAUCUUCAGUGUAGUAUACAAUAAAAAUACAUACCUGUUGGUGUUGGACAUGGUUUGCUGACUUCUUGAACUUCCUCUUCCACACCACCAAACUCCUCAACCUGUGAUAAAGAAAUCAUAAAGGUCUCCGA